ACAUACACAUAUUGUUUCUAAUAAAUAUUUAAAUGAUAAAAUAGAAAGCCUAAAAACUUCAUCACUACCUUCUGAUUCAUUGGCAUGGCUCAUAUCCCAAUCUACUAAUAUCGAUACAGGCAGUUCUGAUAGCAAUAAUGAAAACUCUGAUGAUCUUGCUGACUCUCCAGAUAAUGAUAAUCCUGACGAUCCUGAUGAAGAAUACAAACCUAUUGCUGGGUCUAAAAAGCAAAAGGAAGUUAGUAAAGAAGGAGCCGAAGUUGAUCAAGAAAAGCAAAAAAAAGUUGGCAAAGAAGGAGCCGAAGUUGAUAAAAAAAAGCAAAAGGAAGUUGGUAAAGAAGAAGCUGCAAUUGAUAAAGAAAAACAGAAAGAAAUUGUUGGAGAAACUUCUAGAGUUUCUAGUCAUCAAGAGUCUAAUAUCAGCACAUCUGAUGUUAACUAUCAAGAUUCUAAUGUUGAUGAUACUGAAAUUAUAGAGACUCUUGCAAAUACCAAAAUCUUUCUAUAA